AUGGCUGAUCAAGCACCGCAAUAUUCCACUGCUGAGGAGAGAGCCUUCGACGUCGAAAAGGCAGAGAGCCCUGAGGAGAAGGUUCUUGAUGACCUUGCGAUAGCAGAACUCGCUGGCGCCCAAUUCGACGACCCGAACUUGGACAAGGAAAACAUCGUUGCAUUCGACGAUGAGAGUCCUUAUCCCGAAGUCAGGUCUGCCGUCGCCAACACGGAUGAUCCUACCAUGCCCGUGACGACCUUGCGAACCUGGGUCAUCGGUAUCGCAUGGGCGAUCCUCAUUCCUGGAUUGAACCAAUUCUUCUUUUUCCGAUUCCCUUCGGUCAGCAUUGGUGGCAUAGUGGCCCAGCUUUUGUCGUUCCCCGUAGGUCGGGCCGCUGCUGCCUGGUUGCCUAACUGGCAUAUCUUCGGCAUUGCCAUUAAUCCGGGUCCCUUCACCGUGAAAGAGCACGUUCUCAUUACUAUCAUGGCAACUGUCGGUGCUGGAUCUGCUUAUGCUACAGAUAUCAUUGCCGUGCAAAGGGUGUACUACAAUCAGAUAUACAACUUCAGCUACCAGUGGUUUGUUGUUAUGUCAACCCAGCUUAUUGGCUUUUCUAUUGGUGGAGUUGCUCGGCGCUUCCUCGUCUCUCCACCUUCCAUGAUUUGGCCGGCAAACUUGGUUAACUGCGCCCUCUUCAAUACCCUUCAUUCUCAACAAUAUGCAGGUAUUGGUACUCGCGGAGGUAUCAGCCGUGAGAGGUUCUUCGUAUAUGGAUUCCUUGCUUCAUUCGUCUGGUAUUUCUUCCCCGGAUAUCUCUUCCAAGCCCUGUCGUACUUCUCUUGGGUGACGUGGAUCGCCCCAGAAAACACCAAGAUCGCUGGGCUCUUCGGAUAUGUUCAUGGAAUGGGAAUGUCGGUUAUCACUUUUGAUUGGAGUCAAAUCGCCUAUAUUGGGUCUCCUCUUGCUACACCAUGGUGGGCAGAAGCAAACAUCUUCGCCGGAUUUGUUUUCUUCUUCUGGUUCCUUACACCGGUUCUCCACUACACCAACACGUGGUUCGGUGAAUUCAUGCCUAUAUCUUCACGAACAUCUUACGACAAUGAAAUGAAAUCUUACAAUGUCACACGCAUUCUCACUGCUGACUCAACCUUCGACAUUGAAGCUUAUCAUCAGUACAGCCCUCUCUUCCUCUCAAUUAUAACAGCUACGCUCAUGCACGCCUUCCUCUACUUCCGCAAGCAAAUUUGGGUCCAGGCACGUCGCUCGUUACACGAACAGCCCGAUAUUCAUGCCCGACUCAUGUCGAAAUACGAACAAGUUCCUGAAUGGUGGUAUCUGACUAUUUUCCUGAGCAUGUUCACACUUGGUAUCAUCAGUAUUGAGGUCUGGCCCACUGAGAUGCCCGUCUGGGCCUUCGUUCUUGCCCUUCUCAUCUCUUUCACCUAUGUCAUCCCGAUUGGAAUGAUCCAGGCCAUCACUAACCAACAAGUCGGCCUCAACGUCAUUACCGAACUCAUCAUUGGUUAUGCACUUCCUGGACGCCCAAUUGCUAUGAUGAUGUUCAAGACCUGGGGUUACAUUACCAUGGCUCAGGCUUUGACAUUCACCUCUGACUUUAAACUGGGCCACUACAUGAAAGUGCCACCCAAACCCAUGUUCUGGAGUCAGGUCGUUGCUACCGUAAUCGCUGGAACUGUUCAGCUCGGCGUUCAAGCAUGGAUGUUCACCAACAUUCCCAACAUGUGCGACCCACAUCAGAAAGAUGGAUUCAUUUGCCCGAGUACCGAAGUCUUUGGAACAGCCAGUAUUAUCUGGGGAGUCAUCGGACCAGCGCUUCAAUUCUCCAAGGGACAGACCUACUACCCGCUUGUCUUCUUCUUCUUGAUUGGUGCCGUCGCACCAGUCAUCCCAUGGCUCAUCAGCAAGCGCUAUCCCAACAGUAUCUUUAAGUACAUUAAGCCCGUUAUCUUCAACGGAACUGGCCUCAUCCCCCCAGCUACUGCUAUUAAUUACGUUCCCUGGGCUGGCGUCGGAUUCAUCUUCCAAUAUGUUAUCAGAAGACGUCAUUUCUCAUGGUGGACAAAGUACAACUACGUACUUUCUGCUGCCUUGGACUCUGGAGUGGCCGUAUCCAUCCUUGUCAUUUUCUUCUGUCUCCAAUUCCCUCAGAAUGGUUCGAUCGGAUCAACCAACAUCGCUACUUGGUGGGGUAACACUGUACCAUUCGUCGGCGCAGACAAUGAUGGAACUCCAGUGCGUUCACUCGCACCUGGUGAACGAUCAAUUGCUCCGGAGAUAUCGUCUAUUUUGCAUACCAUCGAGGUUACUUGA